UAAGUGUUGUAUGAAAAUUUUAAAAUUGGACCGAAACAUAAACACACUAAAGAGGGAUUUUUUUACUCACUUUCUCACUCCGCCGUGCUCGGAGUUAAUUCCGGCCAAAUUUACAUCGAUUUCGCCGUGAAUUCCACCGGUUGUUCGACGAUGGCUCACCAGACUUAUGAUCCUUACUAUCUCUAUCAUCAACCAGACUCGAACUACAGUGACCGGAACAACAUCAACACGCUCUUCAUCUCCGGCCUCCCCGACGACGUCAAGGCUCGCGAGAUUCAUAACCUUUUCCGUCGUCGGCCGGGCUUCGAUUCGUGCCAGCUCAAGUACACUGGGCGCGGCAACCAGGUUGUGGCGUUCGCCACCUUUUACAAUCACCAAUCAGCCGUGACAGCGCUUCAUGCAUUAAAUGGAGUCAAAUUUGACCCACAAAGUGGAUCAGUUCUGCAUAUUGAACUCGCUAGGUCAAACUCUAGGAGAAAACAUAAGCCAGGCGGUGGAGCAUAUGUUGUGAUAGAUAAAAGGAAAAAAAGUGACUCCAAUGCCCAGGAAACAUCAAGCGAGGAUGGAGGCAGUGAACCGGAUGAACCAUCAAAGAAAACCGAACAAAGCAACGAGGCUGUGGUGGCUCCUGGUAAUCCUCUAUCUGCUCCAUAUGAGCAUCAUGAAAAGAAUGAUGGUGGGCCAUGCUCCACUUUGUUCAUCGCAAAUCUUGGUCCAAACUGCAAUGAAGAUGAACUGAAGGAAGUUUUGUCCAAAUAUCCUGGAUUCAACGUGCUCAAAUUGCGUGCUAAAAGUGGAAUGCCGGUUGCAUUUGCUGAUUUUGAGGAAAUUGAACAAGCUAGCAAGGUUAUGGAGGAGCUUCAGGGCAGCAUGCUACCAUCAUCAGACCGCGGGGGCAUGCAUAUAGAGUACGCUCGGUCUAAAAUGAGGAAGUCUUAGUUGAAAAGCACUGAUCAGUCUAAUAUGAUGCAAAAAGGCUGAUGGAUUUGCUGCGAGGAAUGCUUGCUUGUGGUUAUGGCCCACUCAUUUGCUGCUGCUCUGAAGUUUUAUGGCAUUCAUCAGUCUGGUAUCCCUCCCUAAAUAAUGAUUAUCAAUUAUGUAAACUGAUAAGUUCAUUCACAGUUUAACUAGAAGCACAUAGUUAAGUAUCGUUACGUAUUGGAAGUCGUUUCGUUUUUGGAUUUUUAGUU